GAGGAGGUGAAAGCCUGAAUAAAGCAGCUCCUCCCGCUUCCUCGAGCUGCCCGCAGACCGGACAGCAGCAGCAGCAGCAGCAGCAAAGCUCCAAUCAGCAGGAAAAUCACGUCCUUCUUUGGAUUUAACUCUCCGUGAGUGACCGACCCUUCACCGGAGCACCGACAGUGUCCCCUCUGUGAACCGACCACCGUCAUGCUGUCCCCGGGACUCUCCGUGUCUCUGCUGGCCGUGUCCUGCGCCCUGUGGCCGGCUGCGGUCCGGGCAGCGUCCUGUGAGUCGGUGCGGAUCCCGCUGUGCCGGUCCAUGCCGUGGAACAUGACCAAGAUGCCGAACCACCUCCACCACAGCACGCAGGACAACGCGGUGCUGGCCAUCGAGCAGUUUGAAGGGCUGCUGGGUACUGGAUGCAGUCCAGAUUUGCUCUUCUUCCUGUGCGCCAUGUACGCUCCCAUCUGCACCAUCGACUUCCAGCAUGAGCCCAUCAAACCGUGCAAGGCGGUGUGUGAGAGGGCGAAGCACGGCUGCGAGCCGGUGAUGAAGCGUUACAACCACAGCUGGCCCGACAGCCUGGCCUGCAGCGAGCUGCCGCUGUACGACCGUGGAGUCUGCAUCUCACCUGAGGCUAUUGUCAAGGCAGAGGGACCAGAUCCAUAUUACCAGGACCCAGCCAGGUGUAACCCAGAAUCCAGUCCAGACUUUCCAAUGGACUCCAACAACCUCCACUGCAGAGGACCAAACGGAGAUCGCUGCAGGUGUAAGACCGUCAAAAUGAAUUUGAAGACCUACCUGAGGAACAACUACAACUACGUGAUCAGGGCGAGAGUGAGGGAGGUGAGGAACCGCGGCCUGGAGCCCACAGCGGUGGUGGAGGUGAAGGAGGUGCUCAAGUCUUCUCUGGUCAACAUUCCCAAGGAGACGCAUACACUCUACUACUCUUCCUCCUGCCUGUGUCCUCCUCUGUCUCCCGGGGAGGAGUUCCUCAUUAUGGGCUACGAGAACGAGGAGACGUCCAGGUUGCUGCUGAUCGACGGCUCCGUUGCUCAGAGGUGGAGGGACAAAUUGGGCAAGAAGGUCAAGAGAUGGGAUGACGUCCUGCAGGGGAAAGGCCGAGCAGCUCAGCGCCGGAGUCGCCACUGAGAUCUGACUGUGUGUGUGGUGUGUGUGUGUGUGAUUGUGUGGAUGACCGUGUGCGUGUGUGUGACUGUGUGGAUGAUUGUGUGUGUAUGUGUGUGUAGAUAUUGCACUAUCACAGGCUGUUGUAGCUGAAUGUAGUUCAUCUCUUCAUCUGUCAGACUGUCUGUUCGCAGUCUGAGUUUUGUCUUUUAUUUUCUUUGCACAAACAUUAUUUAGUGUGCGUUUUAGUGUGUGUGUUUGUGAGCGUGUGCAUGUGUGCGUGUGUUUGUAUGUAUGCGUGUGGUGUUCGUGUGGUGUGCGUGUGUGUGUGUGUGUAUACACCUAAAGCACUCAAUGAAGACAAGAGAGGGGGUGGAGCUUCAAAGCUGUAGUACUAAACCCUACGCACAGCCAUGCAGUAUGUACAUGACACUUUGUUUGAAAAAGAAAAAUUCUUUUAAGUGGCGGCCAUGUUGGCGCCACGGCUCCUCUCCAUGGUCACAUUUCGUAAUAAUCCUGGAUGUUGGCCAUGUUACCACGGCGAUGUGAUGGAGGACAUUUAAAGCCAUUUGGACUUGGACAUCUUGGACUGUGAUAGACAUGUAGCCACGACCUAAACUUUACUGAACUCUGCAGAAAAGGAAAGAAUGAUAUUCACGCUGUGUUCAGACAGCAACAAGAGCGACUCAAGCAACGGCAACUAAGGCAACCAGGGCAACAUGAGCAACAUCAGCUGCUCCCCUCUUCACUAUGGUUGGAUCCAGCGCCUCCUCUGGUCUCGAUGUGACACCACAACAUAAAACGACAAAUGUUCAUAUUCAGAACUGCUGAGCAGGAUAUCUACGAUCAGUGGCCACUUUAUUAGGUACACCUGUACAAUCUAAUGCAAUUCAAUCCAACAGCUCAACCAUGAACUCGACCUUCACGAAAUUCAUAAUGUUUAGUUUUUGCUGAUAAUGUAUAGAUUCAAUUAUAUGUUUAUUAAUGAGGUCACAGUUAAAGGUUGUGUUGUACUGGAUUAGUCCCACGUUAUAUGAGAGGUGAAUAUAACACACCAUCGCUAACUCUGACCUCAGUGCUCACCAACAUUAUAUGCAUCAUAGAAGUAAACCUUAUGACAGAACAGGUGGAUUACAUUGCAUUACACUGUCCAGACGCAUGUAGAUGUAGAUGACUAUUCUGGCGGAAGAGUGUUGAGUGUGUCUCUGGAUGUUUUUUGGGUUUGGAUCAACUAUUAAGUUGGUCAGUUUUAAAAGGCAUGAAUUCCUGCAGCUGCUCUGUGGGUUGGACUUCUUUUAAAUUCUGUGUAGCAAAGCGCAUUAAUAAGAGAGCCGUCUUUAAAUGAAAUUGAUCACAAAAUGGAAAUUAAAGCAAGAAAAAAUUAAAUGUGACAACAAAUGUGAAACUAUGGAACACACAUUGGUCAAUUUAUUAACAAAUCUGAAAUUCCAUUUUUAAAUUCAAUUAUUUCUGUGUUGUACCAUUUAUGGACAAAAUAAGAAAAAUAAUUACUGACAAAUUUAAAAUUUUAAUCAUCUUCUGGAUGUGUAUUUUAUUAAUUCAGGAUGGCACACUACAUAUUUAUACACAUACAGUUUUAAGAUUGUCUUUGUUGAUUGCCACUAAAGGUUUAUCAAGCUCUCAUUAAACUCUCCACCAUCUUUAGUGUCAUUAUGAAUGGUUCAUCAGAAAGUCUCUCGAUCAAUCACACAAGUGAGUUUUUGCUAUUCACUUAUAUCAGUUGUCAUCUUUUACUUCUUUGGUUAGGUCUGGUUGAUUAGGUCAUGUAACAAGCGUUUUUUAAAUCAGUACUGAUGCACACUACUUGUUGUUUCAUUGAUGUGAUGCAUUUCCUUUUGGAUAUAGGGGGGGUAUUUUAAGGGCUUUUUUCACAGCAUACAUUUUGAUUUGUCAUCGUUGGAAAAACACAGGUGUAGCUAAGCUGCAUUUCCACGGCGUGAUAUGGCACGGCUCUACUCAACUUGUCUCACUCUUGGGGUUUUUUUAUCAGCAAAACUUGUGGAUCGUACCCAGUACUUUUUUGGUACCACCUCGUCGAGAUUCCAAGCAAGCUGCGCUGAUACUAAAAGUUGGAGUUAAAAUAAAGCAGACCACUGAUUGCUCAGAGAGAAUCAUGCGGCACGGGACGUCCUGCACAAACCUGCUAUUUUCAAAUAGCCAAUGUAUCAUCAAUAUUUUCUUUAUCUGUUCCAUCCAGAUGAUGUCAUGGCACUUCCUUGCGUUGUCGCUAUAGCGAUCAGCCAAGAAUCCCACCGGCACUGAGGGGUUACUAUCCGCAGUGGAAAAUAAAAUACAAAAAAGAACCAGGGGUCUCAUUUAUAAACAUUGCAUACACACAAAACGAGGCCUGAAAGAGGCGUACGCUACUUCUGACACAAAAGUUGUGACGUAUAAAAACAGACUUGAUGGAAGAAACUUUGACCCAUGCUUACAAACAUUUUGGAGACAGGAAAUUGGCAACGCAGAUUGUGAGGUGGAGCCCUGAUUGUAGAAAAUGUUGAAUCAUUUUUGGCGCACGCAACUUUUGGCUUUUGUUUGUACGUACAUUUUUAGUAUGGAUCAUAUGCAUUGUUUUACAAAUAAGAUCCCUGGUACCGAAAGUGAGACGAGUCGAGCUGAACCAUGAGGUGGAAAUGAGGCAUUAAUACUAUUAACAAUAGCUCUGUUAUAGUCAAGUGUUCCAGUAAGUUAUGGCAGUGUGACCGUGAGCAUGGACGACACCAGGAUACACUGAAGCAGCUGAAUGGAAUUCAACCAUCACCUGAGCUUUUCCGACUGUGACCUGUCAAAAUGUCUGCUGUGAAAGUGACUCGUCCUUCCUCCCAGAGCAGACCUGCUGUCUGAACACAGCCUCUGAUGAUAAACAGUGCUCUCUGUCAUUAUCACACAGAAAAGUCUGUCCAUGUAAACACACUAACACCCAGUACUACACUUUUUUUAUCAGUAAACUAUACUAACACUCCGAUAUUUUCAACUCUGGACUCUUCACAGCAGUUUGAAUCAUUAAACAUGAUUUUAGACAACAUGGUCAAAGUUGAA